AUUAGUAUGUAUAUUAUAUAGUUUGUUUCCUUCCUUCCUCAUCUUCACAUUGAAGCUGUCUCUUUCUUUCACCAUCAGUUGCACCUGUUGUGUCUUUGUUUGUUCUCAAUUUCAUCAUCUUUUAUAUAUCACUUCCUUGCUUGACUUUUCCUCAAAAUUCUCUAUCUUUUUUUCCUUUUUUUCUUUUGAUAGAUCUCAAUUUGGUUCUUUCUUCCAUAUAACUUUUGCCUUCUCCUCUGAUCUUAUCUUUUUACGAUUGUGCAGAUCUCAGUCUCUAAUUCCUUCGUUUUCUCAGAUUCUUAUAGGGGUUUUUUUUUUAAUUCUCUUUUGGUUUCUCCCAAUUUUGUUUGAUUCUUUCUUUAAAGUUUUCACCUUUCCUUCUGACUCUCUGUUUAGGUCAGGACAUUGAUUCAGAGUAAUGUUCUGUCUGAAAAAUUCGAUUUUGUUUCUAUAGUUUCAUAACUCAGUUCUCCAAGUUCACAAUUUUCACCCUUUUGGUUCUGGGUUUGGUUAUUUCCCUCUUAGAAAUGUGAAUUUAGGGCUUUUGUUCCUUGAGACUUGUGUGAUCUUUGAUCCUCCAUGCAACAACAACAAAAGCAGAGCUUUUGAUUUGGUUGAUAAUUCUGCAAAACAGAAGGGGAAUAAAAUGGCUACUUUGACUGAGCCAUCAUCAUCUUUGAGUUUCACAUCUUCUCAUUUCUCUUAUGGUUCUAUUGGGUCUAAUCAUUUCCCAUCAAGCUCAGCUUCCAACCCUGAAGUUGUUAGUCUAAGCAAACUCAGCUCCAAUCUUGAGCAGCUUCUUAGUAAUCCGGAUUGUGAUUACAGCGAUGCGGAGGUCAUUGUUGAUGGUGUUCCUGUUGGUGUUCAUAGAUGCAUUUUAGCUGCAAGAAGUAAGUUUUUCCAAGAAUUGUUCAAGAAAGAAAAGAAAAUUUCGAAAACUGAGAAACCAAAGUACCAGUUGAAAGAGAUGUUGCCUUAUGGAGCUGUUGGUCAUGAUGCUUUCUUGUACUUGUUGAGUUAUAUCUACACUGGCAGAUUAAAGCCAUUUCCUUUGGAGGCUUCGACUUGUGUUGAUCCAGUUUGUGCUCAUGACUCUUGUCGACCCGCCAUUGAUUUUGUUGUUCAGUUGAUGUAUGCUUCAUCUGUUCUCCAAGUGCCUGAGCUAGUUUCAUCUUUUCAGAGGCGGCUUUGUAACUUUGUGGAGAAGACCCUUGUUGAGAAUGUUCUUCCCAUUCUUAUGGUUGCUUUCAAUUGUAACUUGACUGACUUACUUGAUCAGUGUAUCGAGAGAGUGGCGAGGUCAGAUCUUUACAGGUUCUGUAUCGAAAAAGAGGUUCCUUUCGAAGUAGCAGAGAAGAUUAAACAGAUUCGACUCAAGUUUCCACAAGACGGAGGAGAGAGCAAGGUUUCAGAGAAAUUCCUUGGGAGAAUCGGAAAAAUUCUCAAGGCGUUGGAUUCAGAUGAUGUUGAGCUUGUGAAGCUUCUUUUAACUGAAUCAGAUAUCACUCUAGAUCAAGCCAAUGGUCUGCAUUACUCCGUGGUGUAUAGUGAUCCAAAAGUUGUUGCUGAGAUUCUUGCUCUUGGUAUGGGUGAUGUAAAUCACAGGAACUCCCGGGGUUACACGGUUCUUCAUUUUGCUGCAAUGCGUAGAGAGCCAUCGAUCAUUAUAUCACUUAUCGAAAAAGGCGCCAAUGCAUCUGACUUCACUUCUGAUGGACGCAGUGCGGUUAAUAUAUUGAGAAGACUGACAAAUCCAAAGGACUAUCAAACCAAAACAGCGAAAGGGCGUGAAUCUAGUAAAGCACGGUUAUGCAUUGACAUCUUGGAAAGAGAAAUCAGAAAGAAGCCGAUGGUGCUUGAUACACCAAUGUGUUCCCUUUCUAUGCCUGAAGAUCUCCAAAUGAGACUGUUGUACCUAGAAAAGAGAGUGGGGCUUGCUCAGUUGUUUUUUCCAACGGAAGCUAAAGUGGCUAUGGACAUUGGUAAUGUAGAAGGUACAAGUGAGUUCACAGGUCUGCCACCGCCUUCGAAUGGGUUAACGGGAAACUUGAGUCAGGUUGAUUUAAACGAAACACCUCAUAUGCUAACCAAAAGACUUCUUACCCGUAUGGAGGCUCUGAUGAAAACAGUUGAGACUGGUCGGAGAUUUUUUCCAUAUGGCUCAGAGGUUCUAGAUAGGUACAUGGAUGAGUACAUAGACGAAGACAUCCUCGAUGAUUUACGUAUCGAGAAGGGAUCUACACAAGAAAGAAGAUUGAAGAGAAUGAGAUAUAGAGAGCUUAAGGAUGAUGUGCAAAAGGCGUAUAGCAAAGACAAAGAGUCUAAGAUUGCACGGUCUUGUCUUUCUACUUCAUCUUCUCCUUCUUCUUCCAUAAAAGACAUCUGAAGAACACAACAUGAAUAUGCACCAUAAGUUAAAUGUAAUUAGAUAUCUUUCUUAAAAGGGUUCUUCUUUUUGGGUGUUAUUUUAGAUUAUAUACAGAUGCUUUAGGUUCAGUUUUAAUAAAAAGAUAGUUAAAUGUAAAGCAGUAAGAUUAGGAGUGCUCAUUAACCCAGACCAUUCUAACCA